GGAGUAAGAUUUAGGGUGAUACGAAGUCAGUUUUCACUUCACAUUAUGUCCGCGUGAAAUGAAUGCCUCCAACUAACAUCUCAAGUCUCAACUGUCCAAUAAUAAAGUUUGCUAGCUAAAUCUCACUCCCUACAUGGACUCUUUCUACACACUCUUAUUUACUUCUCCUGCAUUCCUUCCUACAUGCAUGUAUAAAUACACAUGCAUCUUCUCUAGCUUUCAACACAUUACCACCCGUUCCUAGUUGUUCAGAGAUUAACUCAGCUCUAGCUUUUGUUACAUUUGUCGUUGUGGAAAAUGGGUGUUGAGCUUAGCAAAUGGUUGUUGUGUGUGAUUUUUCUGUUAGCUUUGUGCAGGAAUGGGGCUCAUGCUCAGCCUCAAGUUCCUUGCUAUUUUAUUUUCGGCGACUCCUUGGUAGACAACGGCAACAAUAAUCAGAUAACCUCUUUGGCCAAAGCCAACUACAGGCCUUAUGGGAUUGAUUAUCCUCAAGGACCAACCGGAAGAUUUUCCAACGGCCUAACAACUGUUGAUGUCAUUGCUGAGCUACUGGGAUUCAGUAAUCCAAUUCCUCCUUACUCGCAAGCAAGGGGCCGAGCCAUACUCGGAGGAGUAAAUUAUGCCUCUGCAGCUGCUGGAAUUCGAGAUGAAACUGGCCAGCAAUUGGGCCAACGGAUUAGUAUGAGCGGGCAGGUGAAUAAUUACAAAAACACAAUCUCACAAGUGGUGAACAUACUAGGUGAUGAAAAUACUGCAGCAAACUAUCUCAGCAAGUGCAUAUACUCCGUCGGGCUAGGCAGCAAUGACUACCUUAACAACUAUUUCAUGCCCAACAUUUAUUCUACUAGCCGGAGAUAUACGCCUGAUCAGUAUGCUGAUGUCCUCAUACAGCAGUAUAGAGCACAAUUAGUGGAUUUAUACAAUUAUGGAGCAAGAAAAUUUGUGCUGAAUGGAGUGGGCCAGAUCGGAUGCAGCCCGAAUGCUUUGUCUCAAAGUCCGGAUGGUAGAACAUGUGUACAGAGAAUCAAUUCUGCAAAUCAACUUUUCAACAACAGGCUGAGGUCUCUUGUUGAUGAUCUCAACAGGAAUCAACGAGAUUCAAAAUUUAUAUACAUCAAUGCUUACGGGAUCUUCCAGGACCUGGUCACCCGCCCUGCAAACUUUGGCUUCAGAGUAACGACAGCAGGAUGUUGCGGUGUAGGGAGAAACAAUGGCCAGAUUACUUGUCUUCCAUUUCAAAAUCCAUGCAGAAACAGGAAUGAGUAUGUGUUCUGGGAUGCAUUUCAUCCGACUGAAGCUGCAAAUAUAGUCUUGGGAAGGAGAUCAUAUGCAGCAGAGUCUGGGUCUGAUGCAUACCCCUUUGAUAUCCGUCGCCUAGCUCAGCUCUAAUCGAAUAUACUUCCGAUUAUUUGAUCAUGCAUGUUAUGUUUACUAUUUUGUAUCACUGUACUGAAUCAAUUAAGUUGUCAUUAUUUUGAUGGGCGUGAAAAUGCAACACGAAGAUCCCUAAUUGUAGCUAUACACAUUUCCUGGUUUGAUAUCAAGAUCUUAAGUUCUAUGUUCUUCCGUUCUCAAUUUCAAUCAAAAGUUGUCUUAUAUCUCA